AUGGAAGCUUCUACAAGAAACGAAAAUGGGAAGAAACGCUACCACCUUCGUCAUAAGUCCUGCGAGGCCCGGAAUAAGCUCGCAGAAUUGGCCAAUUUUGAGGAGGAUGGAGAUGAAAUAUGCAGCGACUGCUUUCGAGAUUCGGCGCGGUUACGAAAGUACCCACAUUUGAGGUCAAGUCGGGAUUGCGCUACGGUGAGAGAGAGAAAUCGAAUGCAUAAAUUGAACAGAGCAUUUGAAGAGCUAAGAAACGUUAUACCAAAGGAAAGCUACGAUGGAGAAGAAAAACUCUCCAAGAUUGCCACUUUGAGACUAGCUAUUCACUACAUAAAUGUCCUCGAGAACAUCUUGGAACAGGAUUCGGGCGAUGAAAGCGAAAAAGACGAAGACGCCACGAGCAAACGACAACGUUUAAGUGAUGAGGAAACUUCUUCAAACACCAGCAGUGCAGAACUUGAUUCACAAGGUUCUCCCGAGGGAAUUUUCUCUAAUGAAAGUUUUUGGUGCGGUACUCUGGAAGAAUUUGUCGGCCCUCACUGCGAAGAGCUUUCUCUCACCGAAGCUCUGGAGGUUUACUCAAUCACUAACACAAGUCUGACAUCAUGACAGAUCCUUCAGUGAUGAAUUCAGUUUGUACUUCUGUUACAUUCACGACAGACCUUCAACAAUCUAGAGGCUUAGAGGAAGGUUUGGUUAGAGAAUAGGCUUUACAGAAAUAAGCAGUGGGGUAGAAAGAGGGAAAAGAGUUAUCCAGAUGAAAUGCCAAGAAUAUCCUGCCAAUUCAUUUCGAGUUGACGACAUGCUCGUAGCUUUUUUAGCUCCGUAGAAACGGUGUAAGGGUUAAAUAUUUUACAUUCAUGUCUUCUUUGCUUGCAAAAUCUUAUUUGCUCAAAAGAAUAGUAAGUUUGUAAUAAGCUGCCGAAGUUGUUUGCUGCUAUUGCAAAGAGUUUCAACCGAAAGGCUUCAUUUUCGUUAUUCUUAAUAACGUGGAAAUCAAGACAAAGAGAAACUUGAUCUUUUGUAGCGGAGCUUUACGGGAAAUUUUCCAGCCGAAUUCACGAGUCAUACAGAAGUUCAGCAUUUAGAUUCCAUUGAUUUUCAAGGUUAACUAGAAACUUUACGUCCAAUGCGAUGCACACUGCGAGAAUGCAAGAAAGAGAUUUUACAGUAAAGAAGGUCGUAUCUAGAAACAGAAUUACUAAGUUCAUAAGUUACGCAUUAGAUCAGGUAACAAAUGAGUUGUCAAGUAAUAACCAAUUAUUUCUAUUGACUUUAAAAAUUCAUCAUAUUUUGCUUCGUUGGAGAGAUCACUAAACUAUCUCCUUGAUAUCAUUGCCACUGCGUUAAAGUUGUGUUUAACCUUCAGUUCAAAGUUGCAUGUGGUCUUAGAAAUUUUAUGUGAAGUUUUUAUAACACACUUUUCACUUGAACUGAGGGUAUAAGGAAGUUAGAAAGUUGAGAAACUGGCUUUAUUUCAGUGUUCAAUAUGAAUUUUCUCCUUAAUUAAAGGUCAUAGGUAACUAACUUCAGAAAUUCUUGCGAAUUAUGGAACUGAUCCUUGCAUCAACAUUACUGCCCUUAUAAUCAUUUGUAAAAGCAAAUGCUUGGUGACCCAUAAGUAAAAAAGACGCUUUGACAACGGAUGAUAAAGUUUAUUAGAUCUUGAGUAAACCUUGUCAAUGUCUGAAAUAAAACACUGUUAACAGAAACAUCAUCAGUUCUAUCUAUAUUCGUUCGAAGUUCUUCUUCAGUCGUUAUUUUUGGAAAGAGAGCAAAAAACUGAAAGGCUACCAAGCAACAGGAAACGAUAAUCGAUCAAAAGGAGAGGGUUGACUUUCUUCCACUUCUUACCGCGUCGACUGGGAGUAAAGUUCACUACUAAGUCUAUCAAGUGAUAGUCGCGUGUGGUAAAGGAAUAUCACGU